UAAAUUUUCUAUUUUUUAUAACUGAUUGUCAAUAAACGCUACUGAUUAUCCAAACGUGUAAUGAAUUUUCAAUUACAUGCAAAAGAAUGUUCGUUCCAUUCGAAUGAAUGCCCAAUUGCGUUGUUGAUUGUAUAUCCGUUGAUGCUAUCGAACGUUCGCGCAUAUUCAAUUAUUGUUUGAAAGUCGAGUCACGCUAAGGAUGUUUCGUGCGAUUUUGAUGAACGUACAAUACACGUUAACGAUACAACGUUUGCACAAAUGAAUGUCCCUUCCCCAUUAUGGAACAGCAAAUGGCGUAAUUCACGAAAUCAACAUCAAUUCAAUACAUUGUUUUUCUUCCGCUUGAAUUUGAUAGAAUAGUUGACAAAUAGUCGAGUGCAUAUAUUCAUCAGAGGUCUAAGACUGCUGGAUGUCUAAAUGUCAUACGAUUCUAAACUAAAAUGCCGAAGUUCGUGCUCCAAGUUGACGGCGUUAGGCGUCAGUGCAAAAUGCAAGCAGCCCGUUUCUUGGUCUGCGCCUCCUUAUUUACCAUAACCACUCCAAACCCAAACUCCACCACAGGCCAAGUAAAACUCAAGGUGCUUAUUCCUUGGGAUCAAGGAAUAACCGGUCAAAAAUGGCCGGUAGGAAAACGAAUAGGCUCUGCUAUAAACAUCGCCAUAGACACGGUAGCAGCUACAAGGCUCCCCCAAGGCUCCACGAAUGGAAGGAUAGUAAAUGUGAAAUGCAAGCUUCACUUGUAGCGAUGGUUUAUCUAUGGAGUGAAAGUCCCUCAGUGGAUGGCUUCAUUGGCGCCGAUGCUCUGUUGGUUGUGUCCCUGGAGGCUUUCUUGCAGCACACUGGAAUAUACCCAUGGUGUCAUACGGGUGCAUUGAGAAAAGUUUAAGCAACAAGAAUAGCUAUCCCACAUUUGUGAGAACAAUGGGUCUCUUUGAGGCGUACAGCGGGAGGUUUUUCGUUCGGAUUUUUAAGCAUUUCGGUUGGCGCAGAGUUGGGAUUUUUGCUACUUCAGAUGAGAUAUGGUCCCAAGCGGCUGGCUCUAUUAAGGAAAAGUAGUUGGAUUGACAAAAUAUUAUAUUCAUCAAGUAUAAGCAAUUGCAAUAUUGUCCUUGCUUUCUCCUUGUAAUAUUCAUCAAUGACGAGGGAAGAAAUGAUAGUGUGCUGAAUUUCGCGAAGAAUGUCGUCAAUAAGUUCAAAGAUAAGGGAUGAUAGUCAGACAGUCAAGAGGUUUCAAAGUUUUAGUUUACUUAGCUCGGUUUUUGGCAAAUACUUCUCGACCAAAUUAACACCCUUUGCGUGUCCCUGCUUUGUUUCGCAGCUCUGUUUACAUGGCUCUUUUUAUCUUAUUCAUCCCAUUAACUUCUGUUCAUUUUCAAUGAGCUCGUGUAAAUAGUGCUCUUUGAAAUCUUAGACAGACAUAAUUACAUUGACUGUGUAUCAGAUACAGCAAUCUCAUAAUAUAUAAAGGGCUGCCCUAUAUGAUACAAAAGCUACGGCAAUCUUAGAAAGCUAUGGCUUGCGCCGUUGUUAACAAAUUGACCGUGAUAACAAUCGCGCUCUUGUUUUUCUCUCCGACCUACAAUUUUACCGUCCGUGAUAUCAAAAUAGGCGUAGUAGCAUCAGAAAGUUACGAAUCACCAGUUAACAUCGCCAUAUGUGAAAUCAAAUCACUAGGACUACUCCCGCAACACGACGUCACAUACGAUUUGAAGUCCGGUGGUUGUGAUAUGGGUGGAACCCUAAGAGCGAUGGUUGAUCUAUAUGAUGCGUCGCCUCGAGUGGACGCCUUCAUUGGCCCCGGAUGCUCCGUAGGCUGUAUCCCUGGCGGUCUGAUAGCUGCGCACUGGAAUAUACCCAUGGUUUCACACGGGUGCAGCGAGGAAGGACUAAGCAACAAGAUAAGCUAUUCCACAUUUGCGAGAAUUGUAGAUCCCUUUGAAGCGAACAGCGGAAAGUUUUUCGUUCGACUUUUCAAGUAUUUUGGUUGGCGCAGGGUUGGUAUUUUUGCGUCUACUGAGAAAGUGUGGUCCCAGGCGGCAGGCUCCAUCAAGAAAGAGCUGGAGAAUCGCGAGAAUGGGCUUUUAGUGACAUACUUCCAGACUUUCACCCCGAUAGUCACAACCAGAGGAGAUAUCAAACGCAUGUUAGAGGCGGCGAGAGAGAAAGCGUUUGUCUUCAUUUUCGUGGCGUACGGCUCGUCUAUAAGAAAAAUCAUGCUUAACGUGCAUGACCUCGGCAUGUUAUCCUCCAAGUACGCAUUCUUCUCCUUCGAGGUACUCCCGGAAAGCUGUAAAGGAGACGAUGGGCGAGAUGCCGAGGCCUGUGCGGCAUUCGAGGGACUUAUGGACAUAGGCGUGUACAUCCCAGAAGACACUCCCCGGUACCAGUCUUUUGAGAAUGCCGUCAGGAACCGGAUGCCGGAGUUUGCGGGGCUUGGAUACAAAAUGCCGGCAUCUGCAAAGGUGGACGUGUAUGCCGGAUUUCUUCACGACGCGGUUUUGUUAUACGCGUUGGCCCUUAACAGCACACUGGCUGCGGGGGGAAAUAUCACAGACGGCAGAACAGUCGCAAGACACAUGAUGAAUAGAUCAUUUGUAGGAGUAACCGGUGAAGUGUUUAUAGACGAAAAUGGCGAUAGAACAGUGGCCUUUCAGCUCCGUAAUCACCAAAAUCGGAGUCUCGUGAAGAUAGCUAACUACUUUCGGGUAACCGACACUCUGGAGAUACUGAACAACACCAUAGUCUGGCCCGGAGGCGGCACGAACCCACCAUUAGGGCGCCCUGAGUGCGGCUUUGAUAACGAGCUCUGUACCCCUGCAGAGAUUUGGAAGACCAUCGUAUACGUGUUGGUGCCUGUGAUGGUUCUCAUCCUAAUCUUUAUGAGCUUCGCCUUCUUUCUCAGAAAGCGGUCGUUUGAGGCUGCGCUUCACAAUGACAUGUGGAAAAUAAAGGCCGAAGAUGUACAAUUUACAAAGAAAGUAUUGGGAGGAAGCUUUCAAAGUAAAAGAAGCAUGCUCAGCAGCAAUGGUGAUUUAGCCAGCAAUUUCUCAAACGUGCUCACUGAUGAACAACGUAAAGAACAGAUCUUCACCACUGUGGCCUUUUACAAGUCCACGUUAGUCGCUGUAAAGAAACUUAGGAAGACGCAUGUUUACUUAGACAGAACCGUUCUACUAGAGCUAAAAGAGGUCCGUGAUAUUCAACACCCGAACAUCAAUCCUUUUAUCGGCGCAUGCGUUGAUACUCCCAAUAUCUGGAUUCUCACUCAGUACUGCAAUAAAGGAAGUCUUCAGGACGUUCUCAAUAACGACAGCCUCAAGCUUGACUGGAUGUUUCAGAUAUCGUUCGCUUCUGACAUCGCCAGGGGUAUGCUGUAUCUGCACAAGAGUCCAAUAUCUGUGCACGGCAACCUCAAGUCGUCCAAUUGUGUCAUUGACAGUCGCUGGGUUUGCAAAAUUAGUGACUUUGGUCUCAGAAAGUUCAAGGAUGGACAGGCACCCGAUAUGGAGUUGGGCUUUGAUUUUCUGUACAAUCAGCUAUUGUGGUGCGCUCCUGAAAAUCUUACCGACCCGGAAAGACCGGGAAAAUCACAGCCAGGGGAUGUGUUUAGUUAUGGGAUUAUACUUCAAGAGAUCCUUCUUCGAGGACUUCCUUACUGCACAGAGCAGUUCAUGGAAGCGAAAGCGAUAGUAUCCAGAGUGCGUCAAGGGGAGGUACCGCCAUUCCGUCCAAACGUUUACGCAGAGACUAGCAAUCCAUCGAAUAUAGCGUACAUACAUUUGAUGCAGGAAUGCUGGGAGGAAAGCCCUGCUUUACGGCCUAACUUCUUCUCCAUUCUACGCAGGCUAAAGAAAAUCAACAAAGGACGGGACGUGAAUAUCAUGGACAACAUGAUCGCCAUGAUGGAGCGGUAUACGGACCACCUGGAGGACUUGGUUAGAGAGAGGACACACCAACUGGAAGAAGAAAAGCUAAGAACGGAUGCGCUGCUGUACAGAAUGUUGCCGAGGACAGUAGCAGAACAGCUCAAGCAAGGACAGCCGAUUACAGCAGAGUCGUUUGACUCGGUCACGAUCUUCUUCAGUGACAUCGUCUCGUUCACAACAUUAGCUUCAGAAAGCACACCGCUUGAGGUAGUUAACCUGCUCAAUGAUCUUUAUACGUGUUUCGACAAAAUCAUCGACAGCCACGACGUCUACAAGGUGGAGACAAUAGGGGACUCUUACAUGGUAGUGUCCGGUCUUCCAGAGCGUAAUGGCGUCCGACAUGCGGGCGAGAUCGCCAACAUGUCGCUAGACUUGCUGAGUGAUAUGAGUACAUUUACCAUCAGACAUAGACCAGGGCAGCAACUACAGCUUCGCAUUGGCAUGCACUCCGGUGCAUGUGUGGCGGGGGUGGUCGGGCUCAAGAUGCCGCGGUAUUGCCUUUUUGGGGAUACAGUAAACAUGGCAUCAAGAAUGGAGUCCAGUGGACUAGCUCUGCGAAUACAUUUGAGCGGUGAGAGCAAACUGUUGUUAGACAGUAUUGGAGGUUAUUACAUAGAGGAGCGAGGUCUGAUAACUAUGAAGGGCAAAGGAUCAGUCGUCAGUUAUUUCUUGAACGGUCGCGACAGUUUCACCAAGAAAUUGCCAGACCUGAGUAGAGCGGCCACACUUGAGGAACACACGUUCAAAUAAGACCAAAAGGACGUGUAGACAACAGAGCUGCUGCAUUCGACAGGCACAAGUACAAA